AUGGCAUUUCUCAAUUCGCUAAAGUUCGCUCAGCGUGGUUCGCCGUCUAUUCAAAAGUUGACCCGAGCAUAUGCAACGCCACCAGCCGGAAAAGCUCCAAUAACAUUAUUCGGCAUCGAAGGUCGCUACGCGACAGCGCUUUACGGCGCUGCAGCAACAAAAAAGCUUUUAGAUACUGUAGAAUCAGAACUGAAGCAAGUCAAAUCGAUCGUUGAAAAAGAGCCUAAAUUCUUGCAUUUUCUCGAGGACCCGUCGUUGAGUCCGGCAAGUAAAAAAGCGGGGGUGCACAGCAUUCUGUCGACACAAGGCAAAAUUUCCGAGAUCACGAAGAGUUUCUUUGAUGUAUUGGCGGAUAAUGGGCGACUUGGGAAAACACACAAGAUUAUUGAUGCGUAUUUGACAUUGAUGACUGCUCAUCGCGGUGAAGUGUCUGUUAAUAUUAUUUCGGCAAAAAAACUUGACUUGGAAAAACUGAAUCAAUUGGAAAAAACUCUUAACAAAACCAAACUUGCAUCAAGUCAAAAACUUAUUAUUAAAAAUAAGGUUGACCCUUCAAUCCUUGGAGGAUUAAUCAUCGAAUUUGGAACCGAAAAAACAAUCGACUUAUCAGCCGCUUCUAAAAUUGCGAAAUUUAAUAAACUUCUUACUGAUAACAUUUAG